AUGGACGCCUCUCCCUGCGUGCUCUCCUCUCCCCAGCACACCACCCUGGAUAAAAUCUACCCCCCGCAAAAGUUCCCCCGACUGGAGGAGCGACCCAAGAUCCUUUGCCCGCUGCGACAUGUGCGGCAGCGGGGUGCUGCCAAACGGGUGCCACCCCUCUCCGGAUACCUGGGAUUGCUGCCCAUGGAGACGCUGGAGCAGAUCCUGGGCUACUGCACCCCCCGCCAGCUCGGCGCCCUGGAGAGCUCCUGCUCCUUCUUCAUCGAGUCCGGCAUCACCGACAAGGUGGCGAUGCACCAUCUCUCCUUCAUCCCGCGUGCCAAGGGCCUCAAGCCCGACUUCAAGCACGGCGAGUCGUAUGUGACGCUGUACGCGUUUGUGACCGCGCAGUCCAAUGCGGCAGCCCAGGGCACGGCCCUGGCGCUGGGCACCUACCACACCGUGGCCCUGCUCUCCUCCGCGGCCGACCGCGCGGCGCACGCCGAGGCGGCCGAGUACGCGCUGCACACCACAGGCCGCGGCUUCCACGGCCAGCUGGGCCUGGGCGACUACGAGCAGCGUCUGCGGCCGACGCGCGUGCCCGGCGUGGCGCGCGGCGCGGGGUCUGGCGGCGCGGCGGCGGCGCCCUCCUCCUCCGCCGCCGCCGCCGACGCGGUGCAGCUGGCGGUGGUGGCGGCGGGGAGUUCGCACACCGCCUCCAUCUCGCGCCGCGGCGAGCUCUUCACCUGGGGCCUGGCCUCCUCGGGCGAGCUGGGGCACGGGGGCUGGACGCCCAUCGAGGUGUGCGCCCCGCGCCUGGUGGGCUCCCUCCACCGCGUGCGCGUGGUGUCGGUGGCGGCGGGGGCCAACCACACGCUGGCCAUCUCGGAGGCGGGCCAGCUCUGGUCCUGCGGGCGCGGGCGGCACGGCCAGCUGGGGCACGGCGCCUUCCACGACGAGGGCGUGCUGACGCUGGUGGAGGCCACGCGCGGCGAGCGCGUGGUGUCGGCCGCCGCGGGGCGCGCGCACUCGCUGGCGCUGGCCGCCGACGGCCGGCUCUUCUCCUGGGGCGACGCGCGCGCCGCGGUGGGCGCCGACGGCGGGCUCUACACCUGGGGCCGCGGCGACUGUGGCCAGCUCGGCCUGGGCGACGACCGCGCACGCUGGGAGCCGGCGCGAGUGCCGGGCGUCGCCGUCGUUCACCCGGACCGCACGCUGCGCCGCAACCGCCGGCCCGCGCCGCGCAACGUGCUCCUGGCCGCGAGCAAGGGCGCGCGGUGA